ACGAUCCAAAAUGGCGGAAGUGGAAAAUGAUUGUUUUCCUUCAAAACGAAUUCGUCUUUCUCCAGAACGAGAAGAAAACAUUUUAAAUGAAUCUACAGAACAAUUURMUACUAAACAGRAUUCUGUCGUCGACGAAGAGCCGUUUUCAGYGAACUAUAGCGACAUUCAAAGUUCAAAUGUCGAGCCUUCGUCGUCACGUGAACAACAUGGCGGCGAUACUGAAUUUCAUAAACACGAUCAGUUUGAAGGAGAUGACUUUCCGAGUUGUUUUAGCGUAGAGGAUGAUAUUGAUAACACCGAAGAACAUCAUUAUCAGCCUAUAGCAGGGCCAAUGGGAUGGGUACAAAGGCAAAUGAWUCUUGGUAUUAACCCAAGGGAGAUCUUAUCCUACAUGAUACCUCAUGCUAAAGUGCCAUCAGACCUCCAAGAUGACCAUCUAACACUAUGGAAGAUCGUUAUUGAUCUAUUAACAUCACCUUCACCUCGCCAAAAACUUGAUCACGUCAAUACACUAGAUGAUGUCGUUAGUCUUUUAAAUGGAUGUAAAAAUAUUGUAGUUCUAACAGGUGCAGGGGUUUCUGUAUCUUGUGGUAUACCAGACUUUAGAUCACGUGAUGGUAUUUAUGCCAGACUAAGCGAGGAAUACCCUGAUCUACCAGAUCCACAGGCAAUGUUUGAUAUCACUUACUUUAAUCAAAAUCCAUAUCCAUUCUUUAAAUUUGCUAAGGAAAUCUAUCCUGGUCAGUUUAAGCCAUCGUUGAGUCAUAGAUUUAUUCGCCAAAUAGAAAAAGAAGGUAGUCUAUUGAGAAAUUAUUCCCAGAACAUCGACACUCUUGAGCAAAUUGCUGGAAUAUCAAAUGUUAUACAAUGUCAUGGUUCAUUUUCCACUGCAUCUUGUACAAAUUGUAAAUACAAAGUUUCCUCAGCAGAUAUUAAAGAUGAUAUAUUUAAUCAGAGAAUACCAUUAUGUACAAAAUGUAAGCCACUGGAAGAAGAACUUGCUAUUAUGAAGCCUGAUAUUGUAUUUUUUGGUGAAAAUUUGCCAUCAGAUUUCUAUCAUCAUUUAGAAGAUGAUUCUGAAAAGGCUGACUUACUAAUAGUUAUUGGUUCCUCGUUGAAAGUACGCCCUGUAGCUCUUAUACCAAGCCGCAUUGAUGCUGAUGUCCCACAAAUUCUUAUCAACCGAGAACCACUUCGACACAUGACAUUUGAYGUAGAGUUGCUUGGCGAUUGUGAUGUCAUUGUUUCUGAAUUAUGUAAGAGACUUGGAGGGWGYUGGWCAGAUAUUCUAGAAGGCUCKGARCCACGCCCUGUGGAUGUUUCUCUCUACCCWRMWUUGAGUAAUAACASUSARGCASCUAUUGUCUGYGAUAGCGAUGAAAUGCCAUCARACAAAGGAAACAUUGAUGCUAAAGAAAAUAAUCUGGAAGAUUUGUCCAAUUCAGAAUCACUACCCACGAACUCAUCUGAUGAGRAAMARAACCAGGAAGACUUACAUUCCACUCCUAACACAGAUCAGGACAUCAAACAAACAUCUGAUGAACAAUCUGAUAUCACAUCUAAGUGUCCUUUGUCUCCUGUUUCUGCCGCUGUAACAUCUAAUGUCCUGGAAGUGGAUGGUACUAGUGUCCAGUCAGUUGGCCAAGACACUAGUUGUGUGUCUACUGAAGAUAAACGAGAAGGGCUGAUGGUGCCUCUACCUACAGAAAAUCAUAGCAAACAAGAUACGCCAUCUCAUGAUAAUGAGAAUCCACCUAUAUUCAUCUACCAUCCUCCAAGCCGAUACAUAUUCUAUGGUGCUGAAAUAACUAACUCCCCAGUCCACUCCCCCUUUGGUUCCCCCUUGCCUAGUGAUGAUGGCAACAGUGACAACUGCUCAGACAAUGGCAGCUUAUCAAGAGAUGAUUUGGAAUACACCAACACAGAAGCUAAUGGCUACAGCAGCAGUGGUGAUGGMAGUGAAGGUUAUGGCUCUGGUGUGAUGUCAAAUACUGACCUGACGAGUUAUGAUUUGAAGUUAAUAACUGGUGCAUUGGGUAGUUAUCACUGUGUAAGUGAAGAAAACAGUGUGAUGUCAGGUUUAGAUUUAAUAGCUGAAGGRAGUAGCGAGUACACRAAAGAGAACCUACUGAAUGUUAGUGAUUUUUUAGCACAGAAUUGCUUGACGCAAUCUGGUGUUGAUCCUCUUGGUAAUAGCAAUGGCAGAACAGAUAGUAUCUCAGACAUAUUGAGAGAUAAUAGCCAUUCAGAUGAAUCAUUCCAAUGUGAUAGUAACUUAGAUUCUUUAAAUCCUGGCUGGAUGUCUUAGCAGSUAUAAUUGUYUUGGUGCAGGGAGCCCAAAGCGUAUAUCAACAACAAAAAWAUGCAGAGCAGUGAUUGUACUUGUUUUAGUUUAACUAUUCAACGUACAUGUACAUUUUUUUUAUCUGUUAAAGUUCUUUUAUUGACUAAAUUGAGAGUGCUUGAAUUCAUUGAUGUAGAGUAGAUCAGGUGGACUGAGUAAAAAAUUAUUAUUUUUUCACUGUGUUUGCACCAAUUGUUGCUAUGGGCUCCCUAUGACCACCAACAAAGUCUUUUUACUUUCAUAUUAAAGCUUUUUAAAAAAUUGUUUUUUUUUUUCAACCAACUUUCCUUUCAAUGCAACUCAAAUAUUUAUAGAUCGACUAAAAACUGUACUUUUUCUCAAUGUACAAAGACGUAAAACCAUUCUCAUUUUGUAUAGAUUUAUUAAAUCAACUUCACUAGCAAUCAAUAUUCCUAAAGUAUUCAUAUUGUACAAUUUAAAUCAAAUGCAAUAUUAACCAUAUGGUGGAUUACUAUCSAGUUUGAAUUCUGAUUUGAUUAUUAGCAUCUUGAGCUGAAUGCUGCUACAAUUUUAAUAUUCUGUAAAUAGUUCAUUAUUCUGCUGCCAAAAUAAACUGAYAAUAGCAUAUUUUAGGUGGUAAUGUAAUCCAGUAUGAAUACCGUCUUCAAAUCAAAUAUCCAGGCUAUAUUAAAAGAUAUAUUAUCUAUUAUCAAUUCACUGAAGUAGUAUUAAUAAUUUUUAACAAUAAUAAUUAUUAAUAAUCAAUAAUUGAUUAUAAUUCSAUAGCUCAUUUGAGUUUUGUCAGUCAAAUGUAUGUAUAUUGGGCCAAUAUUUGACUAGCAAUUCAUAUUGAAAGUGUGUUAUUCUUUAUCAAAAAUCAGUUUUAAUUUGCAAACUGUUGUUCGUGCAGGGAAGAUAAAUAAAAACAUUAUAUAUACA